AUGUGCAUUGCGGAUGACGAGGCGGCCGAGCGUAACUUCAAUGCCUUCUGUUUCUGGAGGCAACCACUCCUGGAGCUCAAGGAGACGGAGGAGGCGACUCCUCGGUUGUCUCAACGACCACACCACCAGCAGCUGGGCCCGGGAGAGGCGUCGAUGCAGGGAUCGCGCUCUCAGCGGCUGCCGCCUGCGACUGAGGAAACGGUGCGCGAAUGCCUGAGAGGCCAUCCGGAAGAGAGCGCUGCAGCACCGCUUGGAGGGGAGCGGGCAGCGGCCGAGCAGCCACCGCGAGUGAGGCCGCCCUUGGAAGUCGAGGUUCCGCUUGACGAGCAGACGGCGGGCCUGCUCGCUGGCGGUGCGGGCGAGAGGCUCCUCGGCUUGCUGGGCCGCCUCUCCAGCCAUCUGGGGCACAAUUCACGCUUCUCGCGCGCGGCGGAGGCGCUCCAGUCGGACGUGCAAGCGCUACGAACAGAGUCGGCCGGACCAGAGCGGCAAGGCUUGGAGAAUAGUGCUAGAGAGGUGCAGCGGGGUGGCGUGGAGGUGCUGGGGUUCUCCGAUGCCGCGUCGCCAAGCGGUGGCGCAGCAGGCGGUCCGACACCGGCUGCGCUGGAGGCGCAGUUUGCACCCGCGGUGCAGCAGUGUUUGCCGACGCCUGCGUCGCCGGCGGCCGUGCAGCGGCUGCUUGCGUCGCAGGCACUGUCCGAUGCGGUGCUGCAAAUGCCGUGCUCGCACCUUUUUCACCUCGAGUGCCUGACGCAGUGGCUGGGCACGCGCAACUCGUGCCCGAGCGGUUAA